CAGAUUCCAUAAAGAUGGCGGCGAUUUCGGGGAUUGUACACGUUUCACUGCUAAGAUUUGCUUUUAUUUUGCUGCUGACACCGCUAUUCUGGACACUUUCGGGAAGCUUUGAACAACUAGAAUCGUUGGAUCCCGAGAGAAUGCAAUGGCCGACAAUUUUUGUUGCAAUCCUGGCUAGAAACAAGGCACAUUCCCUGCCAUAUACUCUGGGGUACCUGGAGCGUCAGGACUACCCGAAAAGCCGAAUGGCACUUUGGAUCCAGAGUGACCAUAACAUAGAUAACACAUCAGCAGUAAUCCAGGAGUGGUUGGAUCAUGUAGGGCACUUGUACCACCAUGUCGACUAUUACCACCAGGACUCUCCCAACUACUUCCCUGAUGAGGAGGGAGCCAACCAUUGGUCGGAGACCAGACUAAGACACGUCAUCAAGUUACGACAGCAGGCACUGGAGUACGCCAGAAAAAGAUGGGCAGACUUCAUGCUUUUCCUGGAUGCGGAUAACCUGGUGACCAACCCUCGCACCAUGAAGCUCCUGAUCGCACAGAAUAGACCCAUCAUCGCACCCAUGCUGGAGAGCAGCACAGCGUACUCCAACUUCUGGUGCGGCAUGACGGAAAAGGGUUACUACAUGCGUACUGAGGAGUACAUGCCGACCGUGGAGAGGAAAAGAAAAGGCGUGUUCCCAGUACCCAUGGUGCACUCCACCUACCUGGUGGACCUGAGGAGGGAGGGAGCCAAGCAGCUCAACUAUGACUCUCCUGCUGAGGACUACUUUGGCCCCGAGGACGACAUCAUACAGUUUGCCUGGUCAGCCAGGACUUCAGGGAUGGAGAUGUUCAUUAUGAACACAGAGGAGUUUGGGUUCCUGCCGUCAGCACUGGAUGAAAACAUGAUCCACGACGAGGAAACUCUCAAGUUCAAACAGAUCCUCCUGGACGAAAUGUCACAUGACACACCAGAAGGCUACGUGUUUGACCCCCUGGUGCCAUCUGCUCACAUCUCACCUCCCAACAAAACUGUCACCAAGAUGGGCUUCGAUGAGAUCUAUGUGAUCAACCUGAAGCGUCGUCCAGAGCGGAGGAAAAGAAUGGUGCACACCCUGAAGGAGAUAGGGCUGGACUUCAAACUCAUGGAGGCAGUGGAUGGACUGACUCUGAAUGCCUCUGUGUUGAAAAAAAUGGGAGUGACAGUCCUACCAGAGUAUAAGGACCCUUGGGCUGACAGAAGUAUGACCAUGGGAGAGAUUGGUUGUUUUCUCAGUCACUACAAAAUCUGGGAAGAGAUGGUAGAGAAGAACCUGGACUGGGUUCUUGUGUUUGAGGAUGACAUCAGAUUUGAGCCUUUCUUCAAGCGGAGGAUGUACAAGAUGCUGAAUGAGAUUGAGGAGAUCCGGCUGGACUGGGACCUCAUAUACAUCGGGAGGAAGAAAGUUGUUCCUGAACAGAGGCCAGGCCUGGGUUACGUAGGUCGUAAGCGGAUGCAGCUGGAGGGAGAACACUGGGUGCUCGGCACCACCACCAUGAUCCACGUCACCUACUCCUACUGGACGCUGGGAUACAUGAUCACCUGGAGGGGGGCCAAGAAACUGCUGGAUGUCAAACCCCUCACCAAAAUGAUCCCGGUGGACGAGUUCUUACCCAUGAUGUUUGAUGACCAUCCAGAUACAAAGUACAUGUAUGCCUUUGAGCCAAGAGACCUGAAGGCUUUCUCAGCAGAACCCCUGAUGAUCUACCCAACCCAUUACACUGGGGAGGCUAACUACAUCACUGACACAGAAGCUGCUCCUGAUUCAAGGCUGGUCAUAGAAGAGGACACGGGCUCCUCUCCCAUCGUGCCUGACCUUGACAAGGCUGACAGCGGAGACAAGCCGACCGUCCCUGCCAUGGGGCCCAGCGAAGGUCUGCCCACACCAGACGGGGAGCCGUCAUCGCACGGUGGGGAGCUCUGAUGAACGCAGGAGCAGUGCAGAACCAUAGUCACACCAGCACGUCGGCAGAACAUACUGUGCCUGCACGAUACCCUGACUUUUCA